UUGCGGUUUGAAGAAACUCACAAAAUACAAUCUGGAUGUUUAAACUCUGAAGGUAAAAUAAAAAAGAAGAUGAUGACUCAGAGGAACGGGAUAAAUAUUCCAAAAUAUUUUAUGGACAUUUUCACUCCUUAUGUCAUGAAUCUGCUGGAAGCACGACUGACGGAUACGUAUGAGAUUUACGAAUUCUCCGCUCAAUACUUUGAAAGAAAGAUUAAGGAAAGACAAAGCAAAAGCCCCAGAUCGAGACCUGUGGCUGAAGAGGUAAAAUGUGUUUCUCGGGAUGCCAGAAGAGAAUUUAAAAAAGAAUCCAGGAAGAAAAUCUCGGAAAGCGAUAUCUCUUCAAACAAAGGACCAUUAGAUAUUUUACCGGAUCUCGAGUAUGAUAGUGCCAUUGAAUUUCAUCCUAUGAGCUAUCAAGGCCAAUGUUCCAAUAAUUUUCAGAAAUUUCAGUUUGAUAAAGAAUUAUCUUCAGAUGAUAAACAUUUCAUUUCAAAAUCGUCUGCACCUCAAGGAUUAUCAACUCCAACAUCGAUUUCAAAAGUUCUACAACAUCUGCGUCACAUUCCGGAAUACAUUGCAGCUCUCGUUCAGUUGAUAGAAGAAUUACCAGAAGAUACUUUUACCCAAGACGCAAUAAAUAAUUUCAUGCAUUGCGGAUGUUUUAUUUAAAAGCUAGGAAAGUGUUCUCAACGUUCUCGCUCUACUGCGACACAAACUGAAAUUCAAGGGCAGAUUGAAUAUCCGAAAAAGGAAGCAUUUCAGAACACAAGUAAAGAUGAAAAAAUCACGUUUGGCUACAUUCGGGACAUCAUGAGAAAAGCAAAAUAUUUUGUCCAUUCUAUAGAAAACCAAGCACACUUCCGAGUAUCAAAUAACAAAAACCUAAAACAUGCAAGUUCCCACAGAGGAAAAGUAAAAAAUAUCGCGUGCAAUAUAGAAAAAUGUUCAAAAUCAGUAGCAGAUGCCAAGGAUGUGAUAGACAGUUUAUCACCUGCGAUCCAAAAUGUCAUAAAAUCUGAAAGGAUAAGUGAAAAAUUAAUUGAUUGGGGUAAAAAUGGGUUUAUAGAAAAUAAAACAAAUCAGAAACGAAACGAUACUUACCAGUGCCGAUCAAUUGAACACAGCAAGAAGAAAAGCCACCACCCUACAUGUUCCAGAAACAUUCAGGGCGUAUUAAGUCUAUAUUCCGAUUCGCAAAGAGUAAGUACUGGAGUUAGUUUCCAACCAAAAUUCAAUAUACAGUUACAUGACGAUGAAUUAUCUCGGUGCUUUUGUCAUCCACAUAAUGUCUUUAAACAAAGCACCGGGGCUCAGUGCUUUUGUCAUCCACAUGAAAAUCGUGCUUCUAUAACGUCUAGUGUAUGUAAAACAAACUUGAGCGAUUCCAUAGAAAACUUGCACUCAAGUGAUGUAGGCUUAAAUACUUGCAUACGAUCAGGAUCACUUGGGCAUCUUGAACGUGAAACUUAUCAGUUACCACCCUUCGACAAUAGAUUUUCCGAUGAAGAAACAAAUGAAAUACCAAAGUACAAAGUUAAAAUGUUAAGAAACAUCGCACCGGAAAACGAAACAAACAGCAGAUAUAAAAGAAAUGGCACUAGAUAUAUCCAAAGUAAUAGUAUAGAUUACCAUAAUAUCACAGGUAUUAACCACUGUUAUCUGUUAUGUGAUAUCGAAGGGAGACACUGGCUACGGACUUUUCUGUCAUAUAGAAAAUUGAGACAGAUUGAUGACGUUGAUAUAAAGGCAUCAACAAAGGAUCUUGGAACACCUGUAAUGAUACUUCGAUUCUUCAGUGUCAGAAUUACGUCAUCACUAAAUCGGUGUAAUUUCAACUUUGUCAGAGCAUGGUACUUUUCCAGAUCACUGAGAAGUCUACAUAAACAUCAUUCUAAAUAAAAGAAUAGGAAAUCUUCAUGUUUUCCUUUUCACUUGUAUGAGAUCUACUUAUAAUAAAUAGAAAAAAAGGGAGGGAAUCAAUGAAAACAUUUUUAUAAAUUUAUGAGAGUUACAUAUUAUAUUACUUUAUUUCUCUUAAUUUUUUUAAUUAAAAGUGUCUAUUACUUUAUCUCACAAUUACACAUUAUAAACAUUAGAUUCGUUUUUUGAAAAUAGAUAGAAAUGUAUAAUGAUUGUAAAAUAAAUAAAAUUGGAAUUUUCAUAACACUGUGAUUCCAUUGUUAUUUCAAAAAACCUAACGCAAAAGCCGAAAAAUUAAUCUCUUACGUAG